UACGUUCUCUGUUAAAUUGAAAUGGCUCAAUGCACAGCUGCCUCGGUGCGCAAACACUUUCUUCACUGUACCCUCUUAUAAACCGGCAAAUUUACGUGAUUAUGUCAGUAGUAGCGAGUAGUAUGCGCGCGGCUUGCCAUUGACGCCGGCAAGAUGAACGCCCGCGAUUUCAACUUCGAAAUCGCCAUGGACGGUAGCCAAGUGGACGAAGUGGUCGCUAGUAUAUUCCACACGGUUCUCUUCCACCGCUCCAGCGGGAAAUUCACAUACAACAACGAAGAGAGCUACUCCAUACGGACCGUCAACUACGUGGACGUCGACUGCGACUUUAUAGACUUCACUUACGUUUGCUGCGCGUCUGAAACCUUAGUACGCAGAAUUAAGAGAGAGAUCUCGAUAUUCUCGAAGCUCCUCCGCGCGUUGGACGGCCGCCCCUCGCCGGCCAAAGGCGAGAUCAGCCUCGAGUUCUUCCAGAAACAUCGAACGAGAUGGUUCCUACCCACGUACGUGCCGGUGCCCUGGGAGAUAUGGCGGGUCAGCUGCGAGCUCACGGAGUCCGGCAACGACCAGGAUAUGCACAGCAAACACGAAAGCGUCGUCGAAAUGCUGCAAGACCAAAUCGUUUUCAUCACUGAAAUAAUUAACCGACACGAAUACGUGCCCAAGAUGCCCAACCGGUCGGACGCGGACCUCAUCUUCGACACAUCCUAUCCGGAUAUCCAGCCGUAUCUAUUCGCGAUUAAGUAUAAAUUGCCCGAAACUGAGUCAAACACGGUUGGCAACACGGUGCGCAAACUUAUAAGAGAUACGUUGUCUUUGUGAUCG